AUGUACGCCGUGUGCGGCGGCUCUAUUCGCUGGCAGUGGGGUGCGUUUCGACCAAUGGGACACUAUCCCUGCCGCUUCACCAGCCUGGCCACCUACAUGACCCAGGACCAGUGGAAGAGGAGAGUCCAGAACGAGCAGUGUCAGGAGAUGGCCCAGACAGACGAUCAGAAGUGGGAUCAACUCCACCACCAACGGAGAGUGGGACACACCACACAGUUGAAUCUGAAGUCUGGCACUAAACAUACUGUACUGGAGGAGCGACAGGGAUCCUGGUGUUGCCUACACCUGGAGUGUUUCCCGUGCCGACCGGGCUGGUUUAGCUCCGCCCCUGGCUCCUCCUCCUGCCAGCCCUGCCCCAGGAACACAUCGUCUAACAAGGGAGCCGCCUCCUGUACUCCCUGCCCCGACACACAGUACUCACAUGAAGGAUGGUCACAGUGUAAGGAGAGGCCUCCGUGUUCAGAGAAGGAUUACUUUCAGAUCCACACAGCCUGCGACAGCGAGGGAAAGACGCAGGUGAUGUACCGGUGGGUGGAGCCGAGGAUCUGUGAGGAGAAUGUGACAGGCGCUGUGGCACUGCCCCCUACAGGGGAGAGAGAGGCCUGCCCUCCCUGUAACCCUGGUUACUACAACACCAACGACUCCACCUGCUUCCCCUGUCCUCCUGGAACACACUCUGACGGCACCUCAGUGUGUGAGGAGUGUCCUGCGGGGACAGAGCCAGUACUGGGGUAUGAGUAUAAAUGGUGGAACGUCCUCCCUUCCAACAUGAAGACUUCCUGCUUCAACGUGGGCAACUCCAAAUGUGACGAUAUGAACGGCUGGGAGGUGGCAGGGGAUCACAUCCGCAGCGGUGCUGGAGGCUCGGAUAACGAUUACCUCAUCCUGAACCUGCAUGUUCCUGGCUUCAAGUUACCCACAUCACUUGCUGGGAUGACCGGGACUGAGUUUGGCCGGAUCACCUUCGUCUUCGAGACAAUCUGCUCUGCCGACUGUGAGCUCUACUUCAUGAUGGAUGUGAACAGGAAGAGCACCACGGUGGUGGAAUCAUGGGAGGGCAGUAAGGAGAGACAGAGUUACACACACAUCAUGAYCAGGAACGCAUCCAUAUCAUACACUUGGGCCUUCCAGAGGACCAAUCAGGCUCAGGACGUGCGGCGGUACAUCAGUGACGUGGUGAUACUCUACUCGGUGAGCGUGACAAAUGUCCAGGAUGGCGUGGCAUCUGCGUGCCGGGCCUGCGCCCUCCUAUCCCAGAGUUCUCAGCGGUCUGGGUCGUGUAUUCCAUGCCCAGCUGGGUUCUACAUUGACAGAGACACCAACCGGUGCCAGGAGUGCCCCCCCAACACAUACCUGUCUGGUCACCACACAUAUGGAGAAGACGCGUGUUUGCCCUGUGGCCCCGGGAGUAAGAGCAACAAGGAGCACUCUCGUUGCUAUAGCGACUGCUCCUUCAGUCAUACGGAGAACAACCGCACCCUGACCUUUGACCUGAGCUCUCUGAGCACCGUGGCCUCGCUCACCAUCGGCCCCAGCUUCACCUCUAAAGGCACAAAGUAUCUCCACGUCUUCAAUGUCAGCCUGUGUGGACACCAGGGGAAGAUGGCAGCUGUCUGCACAGAUAAUGUCACCGAUCUCGCCAACAAGGACAUGGGGAGUGAUUCCACCCAGUUCGUCAACUCAGUGGACAGCUUCAUCUGUCAAUCAACCAUCAUUCCUGCGGAUGGGCGGGGCUUCAGGAUGGCUCUGGCAUCCCAGUCUAUCAGUCUGGCUGAUACCUUCCUCGGAGCGACAGUGGACAGUGAUUUAGACGGAAUAAACGCCAGACCAGAACUCUUCUCUGACAACUCAAAAGGCAUUCCAGACAUCAACUUCUUCUACAGGUCUACUCAGGCGACUGGAUCCUGUGAGCGUGGUCGGAGUGCGGUCAUGACAAUACGUUGCAACCCAGAGAAGAUGGACCGCGGGCAACUCACAGUGCCCAGUGCGUGCCCUGCAGGUACGUGUGACGGCUGUACGUUUCACUUCCUGUGGGAGAGUGGGAGCGCCUGUCCGGCUGCACCAGGAUGACUAUCACCAGAUAGAGGGAGCCUGCAAGGGAGGGGUCCAGGUGACUCUGUCUGUGUGGAAUGACCAAAGCUGUGCACCAAAGGCAUGUCCCUGCCAGCUAAGAGCUCUGUCCCAUGCGAGGCCAUCGCUCUAUGGCUAAAGGUUGGGGUAGGGGGUGGGGCCUUCUUAGCUGUGCUGCUCGUCUCUCUCACUUCUAUUUCUGGAAGAAGAACAAGAGGCUGGAGUAUAAGUAUUCUCGGCUGUGAUGUCAGCCAAUAAAGGAGUGUGAGCUGCCGGUGGCGGAUAGCUGUGCCCUGGCCGAGGGGGAGGAGCCUGAGGAUGACGUGGUCUACUCCCACAAACCCUCACUGCUCGCAAGCUCAGGGCCAUCGC